CAAUGGAUGACAGGUACCGGAAUCAAAUGAACCAAGGGUCGGACGACUACCGAUACCAAGGAACCAAUUACGAAGGCUACCCUCCCCAAGAUGGCUACUACCAUGGUGGGGAGGUUCCCGGCCAAGAAGAAGACGCUCAGAGCGAUGCCACGGAAGGCCACGACGAAGACGACGAGGUCUACGAGGGUGAGUACCAAGGCAUCCCUCACCCAGAUGAUGUCAAGGCCAAGCAGAAGAAGAAGGCCGCGGGGAUGGCCGACGAGUUCCGAGACCACGCCGACCUCGUGGCCGAGAGGAUGGAAGAUGAAGAACAGCUCGCUCACCAGUAUGAAACCAUCAUUGAAGAAUGCAGCCACGGACGCUUCCAGUGGAUGCUCUUCAUCGUCUGCUUGGCACUGAUGGCUGACGGGGUGGAGGUGUUUGUGGUUGGCUUCGUCCUGCCUAGCGCCGAGAAGGACAUGUGCUUGUCGUCCUCCAACAAGGGGAUGCUCGGCCUGAUUGUCUACUUGGGCAUGAUGCUGGGCGCUGUUUUGUGGGGUGGCCUGGCGGACAAACUGGGCCGGAAGCAGUGUCUCAUCCUUUCUCUCUCCAUCAACGCUGCCUUCGCGUUCCUCUCCUCCUUUGUCCAGGGAUAUGGAUUCUUCCUCUUCUGCCGCCUUAUCUCUGGUUUCGGAAUCGGGGGUACACUCCCUAUUGUGUUUGCCUAUUUUUCUGAAUUCUUGUCCCGUGAGAAGAGAGGGGAACACCUGAGCUGGCUUUGCAUGUUCUGGAUGAUCGGUGGGCUUUAUGCCUCUAUCAUGGCCUGGAGCAUCAUUCCACAUUACGGCUGGGGCUUCAGCAUGGGAACCAACUACCACUUCCACAGCUGGAGGGUCUUUGUGGUCGUCUGCUCCCUGCCUUGCAUUGCCUCCCUCGUGGCCCUGAAAUUCAUGCCCGAAAGUCCACGGUUUUUGCUGGAGAUAGGCAAGCAUGACGAAGCCUGGAUGAUUCUCAAGCAAGUCCACGACACCAACAUGAGGGCCAAAGGAGAGCCAGAGAGGGUGUUCACGGUAGCCAACAUAAAAACUCCCAAGCAGAUAGAUGAGUUUAUUGAAAUCCAGAGCUCAACCGGGACGUGGUACCAGCGGUCGUUGGUCAGAGCCACGACAACCUUCAAACAGGUUUUGGACAACAUCCUCUAUUGUUUGACAGCCCAGUAUCGAAUGAAUACUCUGUUUCUGGCCAUCGUGUGGUUUACCAUGGCUUUAAGUUAUUAUGGCCUUAUUGUCUGGUUCCCAGACAUGAUACGGUAUUACCAAGAAGAGGCGUAUAAAUCACGUGAGAAGAACUUCCUUCACGAGGAAGUGAAGCAUUUCACCUUCAACUUCACCCUGGAGAACCAGGUGCACAAGAACGGGACAUACUUCAAUGACAAGUUCAUGAAAAUGAAAUUCAAGGAUGUGACGUUUGAGGACUCCCUGUUUGAGGAAUGCUAUUUUGAAGACGUGACCUCCAGUGAGACCUUCUUCAAGGAGUGCACCUUCAUCUCCACCAUCUUUUAUAACACAGAUCUCUACGAGCAUAAAUUCAUCGACUGCAAAUUUGUCAACACCACCUUCCUGGACCAGAAGGAGGGCUGCCACCUGGACUUCGAGGAAGACAACGACUUCCUAAUUUACCUGGUCAGCUUCCUGGGCAGCCUCUCGGUGCUGCCGGGGAACAUCAUCUCGGCUCUGCUGAUGGACAAGAUAGGCAGGAUCAAGAUGAUUGGCGGUUCCAUGCUGAUCUCCGCAGUCUGCUGCUUCUUCCUGUUCUUUGGCAACAGCGAGUCAGCCAUGAUCGGCUGGCAGUGUCUUUUCUGCAGUACCAGCAUCGCUGCCUGGAACGCCUUGGACGUGAUCACCGUGGAGCUGUACCCCACGCAUAAACGAGCCACUGCCUUCGGCAUCCUGAACGGCCUGUGCAAAGUUGGAGCCAUCUUGGGGAACUCUAUCUUCGCCUCCUUUGUGGGCAUCACCAAAGUGGUCCCCAUCCUUCUGGCCUCCUCCGCUCUGGUUGCGGGAGGCCUCCUCGCCCUGCGGUUGCCGGAAACCCGCGACCAGGUCCUGAUGUGAGCAGCUUGAGGGGGAAACGACCACGAUGGCGGCAGAACAAAUGCCACGAGGAGAAAGUCAAAUAUUCCCCACCGAUCCGUCCAAUGCCGGCACCUCAGAUUUUCGGCAAUGGGGAGCAGAGGGAGCGGUAGCCCACUGUGAUAGCAUUACCCCUUUAGUUCUAGGACUGCUGAGCUAUGCUGACAGAGUCCCCCUCACUCAAAAACACACUCCCAAACACACCCGCCUGAGCUCAGCUCAUUUGCUUUGAAGCUACCCCUCGCAAGACAACAGAGCCCCAUCUUGGCUGCCAAACGCGUGCGAACAUCUAUGGCCCAAACUGAGAUCAUGCGACAUCGUGAUUCUGCAUGUCUGUGUAUUCGUGUACAUUUUAGAACAGCGAGGCUGGUCAGAUGGCCUCUUUACGGAGUUUGACUUGUCUUCGCGUUCCUGUCGCUUUCUGGGUAAUUAGCAAAAUGCUUGUUCCCUGCCAAUCAGGUGUGGAGAAAGUUUGCAAACCGCUUGUGUGUUUCAGGGGCAAAGCUACCCUUUUGAGUAACGAUCAAUCCCUGGCUAGACAUUUGCUGGUGGUUAGGGCUUCCAUUUUGAGAACUUGACUCUCCGCAUAGCCUGUUUUCCUCCUGAGGAAAGAAUAGUCUCUACCAUGGAUUGGACUUCUGCGUCUAAAAAAAGCACUCAAAAGAAGCUAUUUCCUUUCGGAAAAUCUUGGCCCUCGUUUGCUUUAUUUUUAAACCACUCCUUGGAAUUAACUUCCCAUGUCAUUUUCGUGCUCUCGUUUAUCAUUCAGAAUAGAAAUGUUCAGACCACUCAUGGUGACUGCAAAGGGAACAGCAUCAAAUCCGAGCGCAAACCAUCACACCUGACAGUAUUUCAAAUGCAUCGCUUUGGGACUUUUUCCAGCGGGAAGGGUUUUUUGUGUGUCUCGGUCAAACUCGUUUCAUUCGAUGGGUAUCAAAUGAUUUCAAAAACCAAAUAUGUACAUACUCUGCAUUGUAAAUAGGGGACGGGAAGUAGAAUUUGGGCUCAAGUGUAGAAUACGGUAACUGCAGGAAUUAAUUUACCAGCAUUAUAGCCAUACUAAUUAAUGAAAAUGUUUUUUGAGUUGCUGAUAGAUUUGGGUCUUCUCUGGUGCGCUACAAAGCACAGUUUGGGGAAGUGCCAUUUCAGUCGUCCUUUGGUCAGCUGACAAAGGUAAUUGUACAGUAUAAACUGAAGUCACUUCCUCACCAAGGGAAUGGAACGUUUCCUAUUCCGUAAAACCCAGGAACUCUCAAAGAUUGCCGGGGUCUCGGCGAGGCAGUUUAGACUCGCUUGCUCCUGAUAUAGUCCGUGCUUGGUUGUGUUUUUGGAAGGCGAUGACAGAACGAUCCGCUCCUUUUAUUAUGUGGGAGCACAGAGGACAUGAAAUGCCAAUGCUGUUGGAAGGUGUUCGAGAGUGCUCAGAUGCGCGUGGGUAACGCAAAAAAACAUUUGAACUCUUUGGCAUUGCAAUUUUGCCAGCGGGGCCACGCGAGUGUGUUGAAGAAGAAGAGAUCUGGAGGCAUUUCUGGAUGCUUUUAAGGAGGUCUGUUCCACCGGGGACACGAACGCAGUCCUUCGACUCCGGACGGAGAAGCGAUUCGAAGCCAGUUGGAGGAAAGUCGGCUGUGGAGGAUUUUCCUUCACUAAGAUGAUUUCAUUUUAAAAAACAAAACAGCAGGAAAACGAGCCAUCUGCAAGGAGCAGCCAUAUGAAAAAAAAAUCAUCUCUCGCGCUGUUAUGAGCCUUUUAGGCACACACCGCACUGGCUUGGUGGGAAAUCAUCUCGAGAUGAAUAUUCCGGGAACUGCAUGGACUGUAUUUUCUUCCCUCCGCUUGAUGGACUUCAGAACCUCAACUGCUUCCUUCCUCUCCUCUUUGAUGAUGUCAAAAAGCCAUAUUGCUUGUCUGCUCUUAGAAAAGCAGACAGCGCUGCUUCUACGGCCAGGCCCCAAAGUCUCCCGUUCCACGACGGCCCUUGACCUUUGUGUAUAAAUAGCAGCUGAUGUUCAUCUUCCCCACCACAGGCCUCCAUGGGUGCAGCAUAACCUGUACAGAACAAAUGUAUUCAAUAGCAUUUUCUCUUCAUCCCGAAUGUUUCGAUCAUUGGUGCCGGUCUGUUGCCAUGUCCCGCGAUCCCUUGUGCGACCCAACCCACUGCGUCUCUCCCCACUUUAAAAGUCAUGUCAUGCGAGGAACGUGCAAUAAACGUCAAUUGAUCGGA